CAGCGGCGGCGGCAGCAGCAGCGGGAGUUUCCCCGACAGCUGGAGGUUGCGGCGGCGGCUCCUCCUCCCCGGGUCCCCGCUAGAGCCCAGGGACCCCCCGCGCUCCUCCUUAUUGACAAACGCACAAAGGGCCGCGCCGGGGCCGGGCCGGGACGCGUCUGGAGCCGGCAUGGGAGAUAAGAAGAGUCCGACCAGGCCGAAGCGGCAGCCGAAACCCUCCUCGGACGAGGGGUACUGGGACUGCAGCGUCUGCACCUUCCGCAACAGCGCCGAGGCCUUCAAGUGCUUGAUGUGCGACGUGAGGAAGGGCACCUCCACACGGAAACCUCGACCUGUCUCUCAGCUGGUUGCACAACAGGUUCCUCAGCAAUUUGUGCCCCCUACCCAAUCAAAGAAAGAGAAAAAAGACAAAGUAGAAAAGGAAAAAAGUGAAAAGGAAACAACAAGCAAAAAGAACAGUCAUAAGAAAACCAGGCCAAGGUUGAAAAAUGUGGAUCGAAGUAGUGCUCAGCAUUUGGAAGUUACCGUUGGAGAUCUGACAGUCAUUAUUACAGACUUUAAGGAGAAAACUAAGUCACCACCUGCUUCCAGUGCUGCUUCUGCAGAUCAACACAGUCAGAGUGGUUCUAGCUCUGACAACACAGAGAGGGGAAUGUCCAGGUCAUCUUCACCCAGAGGAGAAGCGUCGUCACUGAACGGGGAAUCUCAUUAAAGUUUAUUUCCUCCAGUUUCAUUAGUGUCUUCAAAACAUGCAAAUACGUAAGUUCUGUCACCACAUUUUCAUGACAGAUUAGUCAUGCAUAAUUGAUAUGUUGACUGGAACAUAAUGCAGUUUAAAAAAAAGAAAGAAAAAAAGUGCAGUGAUAAUAACAGCAUGAAGCUGAGUCAGGGGAGGUUUAGGUUAGAUACCACGAAAGGUUUCUCACCCAGAGGGUGGCUGGGCACUGGAACAGGCUCCCCAGGGAAAUGGUCACAGCACCAGCCUGACAGAGUUCAAGAAGAGUUUGGACAACACUCUCAGGCACAUGGUGUGACUCUUGGGGCUGUCUUGUGCAGGGCCAGAAUUUGGACUCGAUGAUCCUUUUUGGUCCCUUCCAACUCAGCUUAUUUUGUGAUUCUAUAGUAAUUUAAAUGCUAUCAACAAAUGCUUGUGAAGCAUCUUCAGACCAACUUUUUAAUCUACGUGUGUAAGGGUGCCAUGAAAAUGUGGUUUGAAUGUUCAUUAUGCAGUGUUAUCGAUAUGUCCAUUUUCACUUUUAGUUUAGUGAAUUCUAACACAACUCUUGGAAUCUCUACUAUUGGCAUGUACUGAAUUUAAAUUUUUAUAACAUAGUUCAAGCUGCCUAAAUAUGUAUUAUUUGAGAAUUGUGAAACAUAGUUAUAUGUAUGCAAGUCAAAGAUCAACUUAAUCAAUUAUUGCUGCAACAGAAUUUUCAUAAUAAUUAUCUUCUUAAAAACACCUGCUGGUACUUGGUGUGGUUAAAUAGGAAAAAUGUUAUUAAAGAAAACAUUUGUAUGGAUUUUUGCCAAUGUUUGACACAUUUUACUAGAUUACUGUUACUGAAUUAUGUUGAUGGUUUUACCAAUAUUUUUUGACACUUAAAACACUUAUUGUAAUGUUUACAAGCAAAAUAGAAAACACAUUCUAAGCAUUGAUUAGUUAACCUUUCAAUUCAGGUAAAGUACUGCAUUGUCGCUGUACACUGGUAUUUUGUGUUGUGUAACAAAUACUGAACCUCAGAUGGUGAUGCAUUUGGCAAAAACUAUUUGGAAAUAUGAAAGUUUGGAAAAGCUUUAAAAAGAACAGAUCUGCAGUUCUCAUUUCUGCUUAGUGCUGUUUCCUUGCCCCAGAUUUUUCUAGUGUCACAUAGUCCCUUAUCAUUUCAGUACAGGAAUAUCAGAUGUUGCACAAGAAAAAGGAAAUAAUAAUUCUAUUAUUUUUUUUUUGUUCCUGAAUAAAUUUCUUUAAUAUUGAAUUGGCCUGUUAGAAUAUAUUAUGUCAUAAAUCAUUGGAAAAAGACUCAGUAUCCUACUUUAUGGCAUAAGCUGUCAACAUUCACGCACUUAGCAAUAUACUGAUAAAGAGCAAAACUAUUUACAAUACCACCUGGUAUUAUGUAAAAUUACCAAUAAAAUAUUUUUGUGAAUACAGAUUUUGCAUUUUUGUUUACAACCAAUAAGUGUUUUCAUACAUACAUACAUACAAUUCAUGUAUAGAUUUUAAAUUAUAUAAUCUGGUUCAGUACAAAAGUUCAUUUAGCUCCUUUUAGUGAGGUAGGGCACUUACACUCCCGUGAGCCUUUUCUUUUUCAUUCAAAGUAAAUAUAUUUUUAAGCCUAUGUGAAAGUUGGAUGGACCUUCUUGGUAGUGAAUCCAGCCCCAAAUAAUUACCUACAUAUGAUAUGUCUUCUUAACGGCUUAAAAUAAUGGAUUUUUGUAGCCCCUGACAAUUGUGAUGUUUGGUGGUUUCUUGUAGUAAUGUAUUUUUCUGUUUUUAAUGCAGUACUUCUACAGGCACAAUGGUACUGUUCUAUUUUGUAAGAUGCUAGUUGUGAAAUACAGUUAGUUGCAUAAAAUGAGAGUCUGAUGUGAUAUCUGAGAACAUACAUACCUCAUUCCUUGGUGUUGCUGUUUAAACUUUUUAGACAUCAAAUGUUAAUUAUAGGCUGUUUCAGAUGGUUAACUACUGACCUGUUUAUUAUGUAUUCUGCUUUAUCUUACUAAAAAUAGGAUGUCUGUUCAUUGCUGUUACCUGGCCAAAUUUAGUAUCUGUAAAACAUGCUUUUUAAGGUUCUUAAAUGUUUUUGGGGCCGGGCUAGUGUUCAGAAUAGCUUACACUAGUUUUUAAAAGAAAAAAUACAUGCUUUGCAACUUUAUUUUUUUAUAUUUUAUUUUUAGGUGGGACUAUUUGCAGAAUAUACUGAUGUAAUGGAUUACAAAAGAGCUGAAACUGUUUAAGCAGUUUAAGGAUAGUUAAUCUCAUUGCAAGAAGUUUUAUGAAAUGUGUUUCUAAUUUGAAAUGUAAUGAAUUCUAACACAUUUCAGAAUUCUUUGCAAAGAAAUAGUAAUCUAUUACCAGUAUUUCACUAAAUGGGAAAUGUAUUUUUAUUUAAGUUUAUGUGAAUAAACCACCCAGCACUGCCAACAAAAGGACUCUAUCUUCAGAAUUAAGUAGCUAUUUGGUUUGAAGGGAAGGAUGGAGUGGAUUUUACUAUGAUUCAACUGUCUCUAGAGAAUAAUCUCAACAAUGUGUUACAAGUAUGGUUAUCAAAAAUAAUGUAGAAAGUCUCCAUGUUCAUUAUGGAACAAGACAUUGAAGAGCAAUUUCUACAACAGGUGCUACAGAAGUCAGCUAGGUUCUUAAAAGCUGUGGUGGUUUUAACUGAACAAUUAGGUUGCCAGAGUUUUAUUGCAAUGAUGCUUGUUUUAGCAUUAAGCAAAGUUGAGUUUUUGCCUGUUGGUGAUUAAAAGAAUGUGACAAUACUGACAGCAGAGUAGACAAGUUCUAAGCAAAAUACUGCAUUUGAGUCUGUUCAUAAUAUAAUUUAAAUGAACUUCACUUUCAUAAUUUCUAAAUAAUUUUGACUUGUAGUAAUCCUAAAUCCUUUUUUCUAACUGUAAAUAUAUUUAAAAGCAUCUUUACUCCAUUUAUAAAAAGUGAAAAUUUAAUGUU